AUGAAUGAUAAAGAAGACAUUAAGGGCGAGGGCCCCGGCAAUGCCAACAGUGUUGAUGCUGCUCUUCAGUUUAUCCGGAAUGGAGAUGUGGUUUCCAUGACGCCGGAACAAGAGAAAAAGCUUGUACGGAAGAUUGACUUGAUGCUAAUUCCACUCAUGUUUGCGUGCUACUUCUUGCAAUACCUAGACAAAAUCUUGCUCAAUUACGCAAAUGUGAUGGGGUUCCAGAAAGACACUAAAAUUACUGGAGACCAGUUCUCCGAAUUGGCGAUGAUGUUUUACAUAACGUACCUCGCUUUCGAGUUCCCAACAGGCUACCUCAUGCAGCGAUUUCCAACCGCCAAGUAUCUUGGAGUCAAUGUCGUUCUUUGGGGUGUCGUUGUCGCAUCCAACGCCGGGGCACACAAUUGGCCUGGUCUCGUGGUAUUGCGCCUCCUUCUGGGUUGCUUCGAAGCAACCGUCGCCCCUGCACUUAUGCUCAUCACCACCAUGUGGUACAAGAAGUCGGAGCAGCCUCCCCGUGUGGGGCUCUGGUAUGUUGGCACCGGGCUGGGUAAGACGAUUGGAGGGCUCAGCUCGUUCGCGUUCCAACAUUAUACCAAACAAGACUUUAAAUCAUGGCAACUCAUGUUCUUACUAUGGGGCCUUGCCACCGUAACCGUUGGUAUCUUGGUUCUUUUAUUCAUUCCGGAUAACCCGAUGAACUCCAAGCUGUCUGAGGAAGAAAAGACCUGGGCCAUUGAGAGAUUACGAAGCAAUCUCACAGGUGUUGAGAACAAGCAUUUCAAAGUGCACCAAGCUCUUGAAUGCCUGAAAGAUCCUCAAACUUGGAUGCUGAGCAUCAGUGUUGUUUCACAGAAUAUACCAAACGGAUUUGUGUCUAGUUAUCAAGCAACAGUCAUUCAGAGUUUUGGAUUUACUUCUAAACAGACUGCUUUGCUGUCAAUGCCAUCUGGCGCUGUAUCGAGUCUAUGCACGUUGGGCGGAACUUGGUUCGCGGGGCGGUACAAUCUUCGAGGACCAGUCUCAAUAUUUCUUCUAAAUCUCGGGUUCUUAGGGAGCUCUUUGAUGGCAUUCCUUCCAGACAAUCUCACAGCCGGGAAGAUGGUUGGGAAUUACAUGUGCAACGCGAUUGGCUCAUCGUUGCCGCUCAUGUAUUCUUACGCAGGCGCCAACUUUGCUGGUCACACCAAGAAGGUCACGAUAAAUGCUAUUGUCUUGAUAAUGUUUUGCAUCGGAAAUAUUAUUGGGCCACUAACCUUCCGCGACCAAGACAAGCCAGAAUAUAUUCCUGCCAAAAUCGCCAUGGCUAUUACGACCGCAGUCGCAGCUUUAGUCACUGGGGGGCUCAUGGUUUAUUAUUCUUUCGAGAACCGACGCCGCGAUAGGAUGUACGCUGGCGAGGAGCAUCGAGAAAACAGCGAGUUUUUUGACCUGACAGAUCGCGAGAACCAUGAAUUCCGGGUGAGUAAAUAA